CAGCCACGAUGCUGGUGAAGAAACACGCAGGGAAAGGAGGGGGCCGGGAGCUGGGUGCCGAGGACCCCGGCCCCACUGGACAGCGCUGUGCCCGGACCGUGCCCCCGUGCGCGGCCCUCGCAGCCCUCCUGUCGGUGGUGGCCAUAAUGUCUUGUUUGUACCUGGGGGUGAAAACCAACGAUCUCCAGGCGAGGAUCGCCGCUCUCGAAUCCGCCAAAGGGGACCCUUCCGUCCGUCUGCUUCCUGAUUGCCUGGAUCAGCUCAAAGCAGUGGUGCAUGAGAAAGUGGAGCGACUUCUGGCUCAGAAAUCCUAUGAACAUAUGGCUAAAAUAAGAAUCGCAAGAGAAGCACCUUCAGAGUGCAACUGCCCGGCAGGCCCUCCGGGGAAGCGAGGUAAGAGGGGCCGAAGAGGAGAGUCUGGUCCUCCUGGUCAGCCUGGUCAUCAGGGCCCUCCUGGUCUAAAAGGUGAUAAGGGAGAACAAGGUGAUCAGGGACCUCGGAUGGUGUUUCCUAAAAUCAAUCAUGGGUUUCUCUCUGCUGAUCAGCAGCUCAUUAAACGCCGCCUGAUUAAGGGUGACCAAGGGCAGGCUGGUCCCCCAGGCCCUCCAGGCCCUCCAGGCCCAAGAGGGCCUCCUGGGGACACAGGGAAAGAUGGCCCCCGCGGAAUACCAGGAGUGCCCGGUGAACCAGGGAAACCAGGAGAACAAGGCUUGAUGGGUCCUCUGGGGCCUCCAGGACAAAAGGGUUCUGUUGGAGCACCUGGAAUUCCAGGGGUAAAUGGGCAAAAGGGUGAGCUUGGGUUGCCUGGAGCAGGAGGACAGAACGGAAUACCAGGACCAAAGGGAGAACCUGGAGAACAAGGAGAAAAGGGAGAUGCUGGAGAGGAUGGCCCCAAAGGUGACACAGGCGAAAAGGGUGACCCUGGAUCGUCUGCUGCAGGAAUUAAGGGAGAACCUGGAGAAUCUGGCCGUCCAGGGCAGAAGGGUGAACCAGGGCUUCCUGGGCUUCCUGGACUUCCGGGGAUAAAGGGAGAACCAGGUUUCAUUGGUCCUCAAGGAGAACCAGGCUUACCAGGGUUACCAGGAACAAAGGGUGAACGUGGGGAGGCAGGGCCUCCUGGAAGAGGGGAGCGAGGGGAGCCUGGGACCCCUGGACCAAAGGGGAAACAAGGUGAAUCAGGAACUAGAGGCCCAAAGGGGUCAAAGGGUGAUCGUGGAGACAAAGGGGACUCUGGAGCCCUGGGACCGAGGGGUCCACCUGGCCAAAAGGGUGAUCAAGGAGCCACCGAGAUCAUAGACUACAAUGGCAACCUCCAUGAAGCCUUGCAGAGGAUUACCACCUUAACUGUCACGGGUCCCCCUGGACCACCUGGACCUCAAGGACUGCAAGGGCCAAAGGGAGAGCCAGGUUCUGCAGGAAUUCCAGGAGCUGAUGGAGAGCAGGGACUCAAAGGCUCAAAGGGAGAUACGGGGGACCCAGGUAUGCCAGGUGAAAAAGGAGGAAUUGGACUUCCUGGGUUACCGGGUGCCAAUGGGAUGAAAGGAGAAAAAGGAGACUCUGGAUUGCCAGGUCCUCAGGGACCUUCCAUCAUAGGCCCACCAGGCCCACCAGGUCCCCAUGGCCCACCAGGCCCCAUGGGACCCCAUGGACUUCCUGGACCAAAGGGUACAGAUGGCCCUAUGGGACCCCAUGGCCCUGCAGGUCCCAAAGGAGAAAGAGGUGAAAAGGGAGCUAUGGGAGAGCCUGGACCCAGAGGGCCCUAUGGUCUGCCUGGGAAAGAUGGAGAGCCUGGUCUUGAUGGCUUCCCUGGUCCACGAGGCGAGAAGGGUGAUCUCGGAGAAAAGGGAGAAAAGGGAUUCCGUGGCGUUAAGGGGGAAAAAGGGGAGCCAGGCCAGCCUGGCCUCGAUGGGCUGGAUGCCCCUUGCCAAUUGGGACCAGAUGGAUUACCCAUGCCCGGCUGUUGGCAAAAGUGAUGACUCUAACCUUCCGAGCAUGAAGUUGUGUGUAUAUAAUGGUCCACUUUUUAUAUUUAUAGUUGAAAAUCAAUUACAGAUUUUACAAGUCUGAGAUAUGUUUACAUAUAGCUGCUUCUUCCUGUUUGCAGUAG